CCGCUCCAGUCCACCUAGUCUCUGCCAGACACUCCCCUACACGACUUCCCCCUCCCUCCCUUCAUCUGCCAGCUCACCAGUCUCCACUUCCCUUCUCUUCCCUCCACAAGGUGGAUCGCAAUUCAGCGUCCUCCCUUUCUCAGCUGGGAGAGAAUCUUCACUGCCCUUCAUUAGUACGAGACUCAACAUAGUGGAACCCCCAGGGAGCCAGGGACCACAGGACUCAUCUCACCUGUGUUAUUGUUUACGUUAUACCUGUGACCUUUGAGCCGUUGCCGCCGCUACGUGUGAUCUCAACCCUUCUACGUCUGCUGUGACCUCUGACCCAUUGCCACCCCAGUGACCUCUUAACUCACAGCCACUCUUGUCACCUUUGAUUCCACUUCAUCUUCUGUGACUUCUACUCCGUCAUCACCGUCUGAGGCUUUUGAUCCUCCGCCACUUUCUGUGAUCCACUACCCGUCGCCCCAGACAUGUCGGACAUCGAUGAGAAGACCAUGCACGCCCUCCGUAAGGCGUUCGCGACGGUGGACAAAACUAAAAAGGGUUACGUGGAAGCUAAGGACCUGGAAGGGAUCUUCAACAAUAUGGGCACCGCCUUUGAAGUAGAGGACCUCAACGAGACCAUCAAAAGAGUCGACAUCGAUCAGGAUGGGAGGAUCAACUUUGACAAGUUUGUGAUCAUCGCUUCCAAUUUCUUACAAGAGGACGACGAGGAGACCAUCACCAAUGAGCUUCGGGAGGCCUUCAGGCUCUACGACAAGGAAGAGAAGGGCUAUAUCACUACGCAGACGCUGAAGGAGAUCUUGAAGGAACUAGACAACAAACUCUCGGACAACGACCUAAACGACAUCAUUGACGAGAUCGACGAGGAAGGCAAGGGGAAGGUCGACUUCGAGGGCUUCAGAGAACUUAUGAUUUAACCCCUUCGUCAGGGACCUAUAAAAUGUACAGAGAGGACCUGCUACUGCUGGUGGUGGUGGUGGUGGUGGUGGUUUCUCUGCCACGGAUAAUGCCAGCGAGGGUUGGUGAAGGAAGGGCGCGUCUAGGUAAACACAAACACCGCUAAUACAGGAUAUUUAAAGAGUCUGUUGUUGUUGACUGGAAAUUAAGGCUGAAAAAGAACUGUCGCUAUGAAGAAGAUCGCUCUAAGUUUAAUUUAUAAUUUAUUGAUCUGUUCAAAGGUAUUACAGGAUAAUUCAAAUAAACUUUUAAGUAAA